GUUCAUUACAGCAUGAGCGUUACAAAACAGUAUGGCUCUGGAUGUACAGAGGAGUGGGAGUAUAUAGAAGGACACAAGGAUCUCUACAAGGACGUCAUGAUGGAGAACCAGCCACCCCUCACAUCACCAGAUGGAUCCAGUAUUGGGAACCCACCAGAGAGAUGUCCCCGUCCUCUGUAUUCCCAGGACUCCACACAGGAACAUCAGGAGAUCCCUCAGGAGGAUCAGAAUGAAAAUCUGAUUUAUAUUAAAGUGAAAGUGAAAGAGGAAGCGGAAGACAUGUACGGGAUGGGAGACGAGGCUUGUAUGGAGGAG